UCAAAAAGCCUUGUUAGAUUUUCCCGCGCUAGUGAUAGAAAGAGAAAGGGAGAUAGAGAGAGAGCCUGACUGAUAAGGGUUUCCCCAAGAAGAGGUCUCUCAGAGAGAGAGAGAGAGAGAGAAACAGAGAGAUAUAGAGAGAGAAAGAAGGAGGGAAAUUUUUAAUUUUUAAUUUUUAGGGUUUCACGAGUUAAACAAAGUCUUGUGGUUUUUUGAAUUCGAUCUGGUAAAAACGGUGGCUUUUUUUCCUUGUGGAAUUGAAAGGUAGAAGGUUUUGUUGUUGGAUCUGCAGAUCAGUGAGAUUUGAAAGAUCUGGAGAUAAGUAUUUGUUUGUGUUAAUUAGGGUUUUGAAUGAGUCCAGCUGCUCUGAAGAAUAUGGAAGAAAACAAAACUACAGUUAUGACAACCAGUCAUUCAAGUAAUGAUGGAGGGGAAACUGUGAAAGGGUAUAGUGAUGCGGUUGAAGUUCGAUUUUCUGACUUUUGCAAGAGUGGAUUAGCAUUGGAUGAGAACACUUGUACACAGGCUAUUAAGCUUUUCAAAGACACGAAACAUCUUUUGAUGACAAAUGUUUCAUCUAUUGGGAAUGGCACGUCGGAAGAAGCAGAGAGGUUUUGGUUUGCAUUUGUUUCGUACUCUGUUAAGAGGUUGAGUGAGAAGAAUAGAGAUGAUGCACAGCAGAAGUCUGAUGAUCCUGGGCUUACUUUAUGCCAAAUAUUGAGAUUAGCAAAGCUGAACAUCGUGGACUUCUUUAAAGAGCUACCCCAUUUUAUUGUCAAGGCUGGUCCAAUCUUAAGCAAUAUAUAUGGUGCAGACUGGGAGAACAGACUUGAGGCAAAGGAGUUGCAAGCCAAUUUUGUGCACUUGAGCAUUUUAAGCAGGCACUACAAGCGCGCAUGCAGGGAACUUUUCUUGACAAGUGAUGCAAGUUCUGAUAAACAGCCAGCAAUAUCCAAUGAAGCAACACAUGUAUCAGACCACCAUCGUUUUGGGUGGUUGCUGUUUCUGGCUCUCCGGGUACAUGCAUUCAGCCGUUUUAAAGAUCUGGUCACUUGCACAAAUGGUCUGGUUUCUGUACUGGCUGUUCUGAUUAUACAUGUUCCAGUUCGCUUCAGAAAUUUUAGUUUCAAUGACUCUCAAUGGUUUGUUAGGAAAGGAGACAAAGGUGUUGAUUUGCUCGCUUCACUCUGCAAUAAAUAUGACACCUCAGAAGAAGUGUUGAGGAAAUCGAUGGAAACUACCAAUAAUUUAAUAGCCAAUAUCUUGAAGAAGAAGCCCCAUUCGGCCUCUGAGUAUAAAAAUGAAAACCUAGUGAAUAUCAACCCAGAUCUAUAUCAUCACAACUCUCUCUCUCUCUCCCCCCCCUCUGAGAUUCAAGUUCUCUUGGAUGCAGAUGGUUUGAUCUAUUAUGAAGAUUUGAUGGAGGAAUCAUCCCUGCAAUCCAGUUUGAAUAUUCUAGAGAAGGAUUAUGAUGAUGCAAUUCGUAACAAGGCUGAACUGGACGAGAGGGUGUUUAUUAACGAGGAGGACAGCUUACUUGGUUCAGGGAGCGUAUCUGCAGGUUCCUUGAAUAUAACUGGUGCCAAGAGAAAAUUUGAUUUAAUAUCCUCACCAACAAAGACAAUCACAAGUCCACUAUCUCCUCAUCGUUCUCCUGCAUCUCAUGCAAAUGGAAUUCCUGGUAGUGCAAACUCGAAGAUGGCAGCCACACCUGUAAGCACUGCAAUGACAACUGCAAAGUGGCUUCGGACCAUCAUUUCCCCACUUCCAUCAAAACCCUCAGCACAGUUGGAGCGCUUCCUGGUGUCAUGUGAUAAGGAUGUAACUAAUGAUGUCAUUCGUAGAGCACAAAUAAUAUUGGAGGCUAUAUUUCCAAGUAGUUCUCUUGGAGAACGCUGUGUGAAUGGAAGUCUGCAAAGUACAAACCUAAUGGACAACAUAUGGGCAGAACAAAGAAGAUUGGAGGCACUCAAGUUAUAUUACAGGGUUUUGGAAUCAAUGUGCACAGCAGAGGCCCAAAUACUGCAUGCAACUAACUUGACCUCUUUAUUAACUAAUGAGAGGUUCCAUAGAUGCAUGCUAGCGUGUUCUGCUGAGCUAGUUGUGGCAACUUAUAAGACAGUGACAAUGUUGUUUCCUGCAGUUUUGGAGAGAACAGGCAUUACAGCUUUUGAUCUUAGCAAGGUGAUAGAGAGUUUCAUUAGGCAUGAGGAGUCCCUCCCACGGGAGUUGAGACGGCAUUUGAAUUCCUUGGAAGAGCGACUUUUGGAUAGCAUGGUGUGGGAAAAAGGAUCCUCACUCUACAAUUCUUUGACAGUUGCAAGACCGGCUCUUUCUGCAGAGAUAAAUCGACUUGGAUCAUUAGCAGAACCAAUGCCAUCAUUGGAUGCAAUUGCCAUGCAUAUUAAUUUUUCAUCUGGAUGCUUGCCUCCUGUGCAAAAGCACGAGACUUCUCCAGGAUCAGGUCAGAAUGGAGAUCUCAGGUCUCCAAAGAGACCUUGCACAGACUUCCGAAGUGUGUUGGUAGAGCGAAAUUCCUUCACAUCACCAGUGAAAGACCGCCUAUUGGGUAAUCUUAAAUCAAAGCUACCACCUCCUCCUUUGCAGUCUGCCUUUGCCAGUCCAACACGUCCAAACCCUGGAGGAGGAGGGGAAACAUGUGCAGAAACUGGGAUCAAUGUUUUUUUUACGAAGAUUAAUAAGUUGGCUGCUGUCAGAAUUAAUGGUAUGAUUGAAAAGCUACAACCGUCUCAGCAGCAUAUUAGAGAAAAUGUCUAUCGUCUUUUUCAACUUAUACUAAGCCACCAGACAUCUCUCUUCUUCAACCGUCAUAUUGACCAGAUCAUUCUUUGCUGUUUCUAUGGAGUUGCAAAGAUUUCUAAAUUGAAUCUGACCUUCAGGGAAAUUAUAUACAAUUAUAGGAGGCAGCCACAUUGUAAAACACUAGUUUUCCGCAGUGUGUUUGUGGAUUGGUCAUCUGCACGCCAUAAUGGGAGAACGGGGCAGGAUCAUGUGGAUAUUAUUACAUUUUACAAUGAAAUUUUUAUCCCGGCUGCAAAGCCUUUACUGGUGGAUGUUGGUUCUGCUGGAACAACUGUGAAAGCUAGUAAUGUUCCUGAAGUUGGUAAUAAUAAAGAUGGUCAAUGUCCUGCAUCACCUAAAGUAUCACCUUUUCCAAGUCUCCCUGAUAUGUCUCCUAAGAAAGUAUCGUCAGCGCAUAAUGUGUAUGUCUCUCCAUUGCGGUCAUCCAAGAUGGAUGCUUUAAUCUCAAAUAGCUCAAAAAGCUAUUAUGCUUGUGUUGGAGAGAGCACCCAUGCUUACCAGAGCCCUUCAAAAGACCUAAAUGCUAUCAAUAACCGCCUGAACGGUAACCGGAAGGCCAGAGGAACCCUCAACUUGGAUAAUGAUGUUGGGUUGGUUAGUGAUUCUAUGGUGGCCAACAGCCUCGGCCUUCAAAAUGGGAAUUGUGCAUCUACACCGGGUGCAGCUUUGAAAUCUGAGCAGUCUGACUCCUAAUUCAAACCGUGGCAUACUUUGUACAUCCUAGUUCUCCAUCCAUUUCUUCGUAUGCUUAUUUAUACUUAGAAGUUUGUGACUCGGGGCAAUGUACGAGCAGCGAGUUGUAUAAUGCAUGCCAUCACCCCCAUGUCUUUUGUAUGUUUGUUAGCGCACCCAGUUAUUGAAUAGAAUAGGUUCCAACUAAUCUAAUAAAAUUUACUAUUUUUGCU